AUGAGGAACUACACAAUCGCUAUCGCCCUGUUUUGUUCGGCCACAGGGUCACGUUCCCUACCGGCUGGAGACAAUGCUGCCGCAGAUGGGUUCGCAGAGACGCUGCUACGGAAAUUGAAAGUCAUGCCGCCUGCCAAGUGCACCUGCCAAGAUGGAUUCACCCUCAUCGACGGCACGUGCACUCGGUCAAUUGAAACUGACCCACAGGAAGUAUGCCACAUUGGAAGCAUGGUGGAAGGCCUUUGCGUCAUGCCUGCAGAGGCAGUGAUGCAAUGCCCCGACGAAUACAUCACGGCUUGCACCAAAAAGGAUUUAGCCCAAUCACCAUGCUGCGCCAAAGCACAGACGGCUGAGAAGAUGGCGCAUUGCAGAGAUGGAACUGAGUUUCACGACGGCCACUGCACGAGGGUUCUUACCCACCAACCCGUGGUUGAGUGCCCACUUGGCUUUGGUCUGUCGCAUGACGGGCUUCUGUGCGUCAAGGAGGAAAUUGGACAGCCUACUCCAGUGUGUGCGCCGCCGGACGCCCUCUCAGCAGAAGGGGAUUCGUGUAUAACACCAAUAGAGCAGGGCUUCGAAUAUGUCUGCCCUGACGAAUUCGAAUGUAUUGCAAGUACUCACAAGAAAAAGAAAUACAGCCCGCUCUGUUCUGCGUGUGCUAGGACAACGGAAGCACCGCCACACUGUGGAUGUCCUGAAGGCCAGAUUGCGGUCGAGGGUUUCUGCUAUGAUGCGGAUACGUACGCUCUGUGUCAAAAUCGCAGGGUUCCCCCGCGCAAGCAAGCGCCAUCCAAAAAGCAGCCCGUGGCAUACCCGUCAAAGGAUAUUCCAGAGCCAGAAAUCGACUGUAAACCAAUCGGGCCGAUCAUAUGCGACUGUGAUCGUCCCUUUUCACUUGAAUGCGCCGGCGAGGUGUGCAGAUGCCUCCACAGAGAAGUCCUCCCCGUCACGCCCAUUUGUAGAGGACAACUUGAUGAGGGCGGGAACUGCAUCGCCCUGGCUCAGAAGAGGCCCAUGUAUACUUGUGCAGAAGGAUUCACAUGCGAUGUCAUUGAUAAGAAGGGCCAGUGCCGAUGCACCCGAAUGCUAACCGCCGAGCCCACUUCCAGAUGCGUAGUAGGAGAACCCCACGGACACAAAUGUAUAGAGGUUGUUAAGGAGGAGAAGAUUUUCGAUUGCCCACCUGGAUACAUCGAGACGUGCUGUGAAGAAGGGUGCACCUGCACGAAGACACACUUGGCCAUGCGACAGGUCAAAUGUGAAGAAGGUGCAGUGAGCAUCCAAGGCGAUUGCGCUUUCGUUUCCAAGCCAUCCGCAGGAUGCUACGAGGUAACUAGUUGA